ACGUUUCCGCUCCUGCAGAGGAGGCGGCGCCCGGGAUCGGCCGUCGUCCCCGCUGGAGUGCGGGCGUCGGGACCGUCCAUUGUUGCCGGGAAGGGAGGGGUGGGCGUGGCGAAGCCACCUCCUCGGCCAACUCUCCCGGGUCGGCCUCGCUCGCCCAUCCUGCAGGAGCUGCGGCGCCAAGAUGAGCGGAGAGGAGAAUCCAGCCAGCAAGCCCACGCCGGUGCAGGACGUGCAGGGCGACGGACGCUGGAUGUCCCUGCACCAUCGGUUCGUGGCCGACAGCAAAGAUAAGGAACCCGAAGUGGUCUUCAUCGGGGACUCCUUGGUCCAGCUAAUGCACCAGUGCGAGAUCUGGCGGGAGCUCUUCUCUCCCCUGCACGCACUUAACUUUGGCAUUGGCAAUGAUAGCACGCAACAUGUGCUUUGGCGGCUGGAGAAUGGAGAGCUGGAACACAUCCGGCCCAAGAUCGUGGUGGUCUGGGUGGGUACCAACAACCACGGGCACACAGCGGAGCAAGUGACUGGUGGCAUCAAGGCCAUUGUGCAACUGGUGAACCAACGGCAGCCCCAGGCCCGGGUCGUGGUGCUGGGCCUGCUUCCGAGGGGCCAGCACCCUAACCCACUUCGUGAGAAAAACCGACGGGUGAACGAGCUGGUCCGAGCAGCACUGGCUGGCCACCCACGGGCCCACUUCCUGGAUGCCGACCCUGGCUUUGUGCACUCAGACGGUACCAUAAGUCACCAUGAUAUGUACGAUUACCUGCAUCUGAGCCGCCUGGGCUACACACCUGUCUGUCGGGCCCUGCACUCCCUGCUUCUGCGUCUGCUGGCCCAAGACCAGGGCCAGGGAGUCCCCCUGCCAGAGGCUGCACCCUAAGCAUCCUCCUUCCCCGACAUUAAAUUCUCGUUCCUCAGU